AUGACUUCCGCCGAUUCCUACAUUGCCAUCCCGGGCUCGGUGGCGUUCUCCCACUCGCGAGGACAUGCCAUUGCAGCCAGCCUAGGCGUCAAGGAUGUUCGCGCCCAGUGGGUUCACUACGUCCACACCUCGCAACCCUUGAAUGAUUCUCAGCAUGCUGUUCUCGAGCAAUUGCUGAAAUACGGCGACAUCACCGACAUCCCUCCCACCUUCAAUUCCACCGACGGUCAAUUCGAUACCUUCUAUAUCUUCCCUCGUACCGGAACCAUUUCGCCAUGGAGCUCCCAGGCCACCGGUAUUUCUCACGUUUGCGGUCUUCGUCAGUCUGUGAAGCGUAUUGAGCGUGGUAUGAAGAUCUCAUGUCUUCGUGAUGGAUCUAAGGACUACAAUGCCAACUACAAGGAUCUCCUGCACGACCGCAUGACACAGAUCAUUAGCGACGAGGAGCCUGAUCUGCAGUUGAUGUUCUCUGAGCAUGCCCCUCUUCCCCUCAAGACAAUCUCCCUGCAGGGUGGCGACAAGUCUCCUAAGCAGAUUCUCCAGGAGGCUAACAAGGAAUUGGGUCUCGCUCUGGAUGACUCUGAGAUUGAGUACUUGGCUGAGGCCUACGGCCCUAACGGAGCUAUCGCCCGCGACCCUACCGACGUUGAACUGUUCAUGUUCGCUCAAGUGAACUCGGAACAUUGUCGCCACAAGCAAUUCAACGCCUCAUGGGUUAUCGAUGGUAAGGCCAUGCCUAACAGCCUUUUCGCCAUGAUUCGCAACACACACAAGAAGCACCCCGAGCACACAGUCAGUGCCUACAGCGAUAACUCUGCCGUUCUGGAGGGCUCAGAGGCCGCCUUCUGGGCUCCUAAUCCCACAACUGGAGAAUGGAUGCAUACCAAGGAAGUCGUUCACUUCUUGGCCAAGGUGGAAACCCAUAACCACCCAACUGCUGUAUCUCCCUACCCAGGUGCUGCUACUGGUGCUGGUGGAGAGAUCCGUGAUGAAGGUGCAACUGGUCGUGGCUCACGCCCUAAGGCUGGUCUUUCGGGCUUCUGUGUAUCUGACCUUUUGAUCCCCGGCUUCAGGCAGCCCUGGGAGCUAGAGGUUGGCAAGCCCAAUCACAUCGCAAGCAGCUUGGAUAUCAUGCUGGAGGCUCCCAUCGGUAGUGCUGCUUACAACAACGAGUUCGGUCGCCCUUGUACUGGUGGUUAUUUCCGCACACUUCUCACUGAGAUUGAUGUCGGCAAUGGCGAGAAGGAAGUCCGUGGAUAUCACAAGCCUAUCAUGAUUGCUGGUGGUGUCGGCACCGUUCGACCCCAAGAUGCCUUGAAGAACCCUGAUAUUGUCAAGCCUGGUUCCUUCCUGGUCGUCCUUGGUGGCCCUGCCAUGCUCAUUGGUCUCGGAGGUGGUGCUGCCUCCAGUAUUACCUCUGGUGAAGGCUCCGCCGACCUUGACUUUGCCAGUGUUCAAAGAGGUAACGCCGAGGUUCAGCGUCGCGCUCAAGAAGUCAUCAACGCCUGUGUUGCAAUGGGCGACAACAACCCCAUCAAGUUCAUCCACGAUGUUGGUGCUGGUGGUCUGUCUAACGCUCUUCCCGAGCUGAUCCACGACUCUGGCCUUGGUGCCAAAUUCGAGCUCCGCGAAGUCGACAGUACCGACAAGAGCAUGAGCCCCAUGCAAAUAUGGUGCUGUGAAGCCCAAGAGCGGUACGUUCUUGCCGUUGGUGAGGAGAGCAUGAACAAGUUCACUGCCAUUGCUCAACGUGAACGCUGUGGUUUCUCCGUCGUUGGCCGUGGAGGUGGCGCAUCAGAGGAAGAGAAGAGACUCAUUCUUCUUGACCGAGACUCCAAGGAAUACCCAUCUCCGAUCGACCUCCCUCUGUCCGUUCUGUUCGGCAAGCCUCCUCGCAUGACUAGAACCGUCGACUCGCGCAAGUUGACUCUGCCGGCCGUGGACUCCAGCCUCACAAAGUAUCUGCCUUCGCUUUCCUCCAAGGUUGAGCUUAUUCACGAAGCUGCUACUCGAGUUCUUUCGCUUCCUGCUGUUGGUUCCAAGUCUUUCUUGAUCACAAUCGGCGACCGUACCGUCGGUGGUCUUACUGCCCGUGACCAGAUGGUUGGCAAAUGGCAAACCCCCGUUUCCGACGUGUCGGUUACUGCCACUUCCUUGCUCCAGGGUGUCAGAACUGGUGAGGCUAUGGCCAUGGGUGAGAAGCCUUUGCUGGCCCUGAUCUCCCCUGCUGCUUCCGCCCGUAUGGCUGUGGCUGAGGCUUUGAUGAACCUUUCCGCUGCCGACCUUGUUGACCGUCUCAGCCAAGUCAAGCUUUCGGCCAACUGGAUGUCUGCCAGUAGUCACCCAGGUGAGGGCGCUGCUAUCUACGAGGCUGUUGAGGCCAUCGGUCUGGACCUGUGCCCCAAGCUCGGUAUCAGUAUCCCUGUUGGAAAGGACUCGAUGUCCAUGAAAAUGAAAUGGAAGGACGAGGCUUCAAACGAGGCCAAGGAGGUUACUGCCCCUAUGUCGCUCGUCAUUUCAUCCUUUGCUCCUGUCGGUGAUUACCGUAAGACGUGGACUCCUGCUCUUCGCAGCGUUGAGGAUGUUGGUGAGACUGUCCUCAUGUUUGUUGAUCUAUCUUUCGGUCGCAAGGCACUUGGUGGAUCGGCCCUUGCUCAGGUCUUCAACGAAGUCGGUUCUGAGUGCCCUGACAUUCGCAACGUCGAUAUUUUCCGUGACUACUUUGAUGCCACUCAGCAGCUCCAGGAUUCUGGCAUCGUCCUGGCCUAUCACGACCGCUCCGAUGGUGGUCUGUUCACCACUCUGGCUGAGAUGAUGUUCGCCGGUCGCUGUGGUGUUGAGAUCAUGACUGACAACAUUUCCGCAUCAUUCCACACCCCUGAUAUGGUCGAAGCACUCUUCAACGAGGAGCUUGGUGCCGUCUUCCAGGUUCGCAAGGAGCACGAGAUUCAAUUCCGCUCCUGCUUCGCCACCUGCGGUCCUCCUCCCGGCCUGAUCCACAAGAUCGGUCGUGUCGCCGAGAAGAAGAAGCACGACCUUGUCAUCUACCACAAGGCCUCCCUCAUCUAUCGCAACAACCGCUCCGAUCUUCAGCAGACUUGGGCCAAGACCUCUUACCAGAUGCAGAAGAUCCGCGACAAUGCCGAGUGUGCCGAGCAAGAGUUCGAGAACAUCGUGGACAAUGCCAACCCCGGUCUGUCUUGGAACCCUACUUUCGACCCCAAGGAUCGUGGUCUGCCCAUCAUGACCAGUCUCUCCCAAUACUCUCCCUUCGCCAAUAAGCCCCGUGUCGCCAUCUUGCGUGAGCAGGGUGUCAACAGUCAGGCCGAGAUGGCCUUUGCCUUCAACACCGCCGGCUUCUCCGCUGUCGACGUGCACAUGACUGAUAUUAUCUCCGGUCGAGUCUCUCUGGCCAGCUUCGCCGGUCUAGCCGCCUGUGGUGGUUUCUCCUACGGUGACGUCCUCGGUGCUGGUCAAGGAUGGGCUAAAUCUGUCUUGUUGCACGAUAACACCCGCAAGGAGUUCAAGGACUUCUUCGAGCGCCCCGACACCUUCUCCCUGGGUGUCUGCAACGGUUGUCAAUUUCUUUCCCGUGUCAAGGAGCUCAUCCCCGGUACCCGCAGCUGGCCCAGCUUUGAGCGCAACACCAGCGAGCAAUACGAGGGCCGUGUCUGCAUGGUCCGCAUCUCUGACCCCGACCCGUCACGCCCUAGCGUCUUCUUCCACGGAAUGGACGGCUCCUCUUUUCCCAUCGCCGUCGCUCACGGUGAGGGUCGUGCCUCUUUCGCCGGUACUCCUGGCGCCUCUGCUGUUGAUUUCGCCCGUGAGGGUCUUGCUCCUGUCCGCUACGUUGACAACUCUACUCUCAAGCCUACUACCCGCUACCCCUUCAACCCCAAUGGUAGUCCCGAGGGUAUUGCCGGUGUUCGCAGCCCUGACGGCCGUGUCUUGGCCAUCAUGCCUCACCCCGAGCGUACUGUCAUGAACGGCAUUGCCAGCUACCUGCCUGAUAAUGCUGAGCAGUGGGGAGAUAUCGGCCCUUGGGGACGUAUCUUCUUCAGUGCCAGACGCUGGGUCGGUUAA